AUGGAUAAGGAAGGCACAAAAAUAUUGGAAGUAGCGGGCGGUGAUCAAUGGUCACAGCAGAAACGUGUUAUGGGUAAAGGCAUAACAAUCAACUCUCUAAAUGAUGUAAAAAUGAUUUUUCAAAGUUUGCUUUAUCCGAAAGAUAAUAAAACAGUCGACCAGGCAUUUCAAAAGUUAGAAGAAAAAACAAGUCUGAAACGAGAAAAGAUAGCUUAUGCUGUCAUUGGCCUUGCUGCAUUGUACAUGGUGUUUGGAGCAUUUGCUAGAUUGGUAUGUAAUCUUAUCGGUUUCGCAUAUCCGGCAUACGCUUCUGUCAAGGCCGUUCGAACUUCUCAAAAAGAUGAUGAUACUCACUGGCUUAUCUAUUGGACAGUAUUCGCAGCUUUUUCAUUGACUGAUUUCUUUGCCGAAUUAAUAUUGUGCUAUUUUCCUGUUUACUGGAUCCUUAAGGCAUUAUUCAUGCUCUACCUGUAUCUACCACAGACAUAUGGUGCGUUAGUUCUGUACGAUCGAUUUUUGGAUCCACUGAUAACAAAAGUGGAUGCUUUGAUGAAGCAGUAUAUGGCAAAGAAAAAAGAGUAA